CGCAGGUACAACAAAGUCGAAGUAGCCGCCAUACGCAAACGGAGAGGCUUCGUUCCCUCAAGAAGAAGUCGCUCGAUUCUUCAUUCCUCCGGCCGCCGCCGCUGCCGCCGCCGCCGUCGCCGCCGCCUCUCUCGCUCGCGAAGAAACCGAAACCCUAAAUCUCGGAGCUUUACGCCAGCGGAGACGAGACAAUGUCCUUCCGGAGCUCCGAUCGAAACUCCGAAUCGCCGGAGCGCCACGAGCAGGACCGCCUCUACAACCCCUACAAGGACCUCCAGGCCCCGAUCCAAACCCUCUACAAGCUCCCCACCUCCCCGGAGUUCCUCUUCGCCGAGGAGUCCCUCCGCCAGCGCCGCUCCUGGGGCGAGAACCUCACCUUCUACACCGGCAUCGGCUACCUCUCCGGCUCCGUCGCCGGCGCCUCCUCCGGCUUCUUCUCCGGCGUCAGGGCCAUCGAGCCCUCCGACACCCUCAAGCUCAGGAUCAACCGGUUGCUCAACGCCUCGGGGCACUCCGGCCGCGCCUGGGGGAACCGGCUGGGAGUGAUCGGCCUCAUGUACGCGGGGCUGGAGAGCGGGAUCGUGGCCGUGAGGGACGAGGACGAUUUGUGGAGUAGCGUCGGGGCGGGGCUCGGGACGGGAGCGAUUUAUAGGGCGGCCAGGGGCGUAAGGUCGGCCGCAGUGGCGGGCGCUGUUGGGGGAUUGGCGGCAGCCGCAGCAGUUGCUGGGAAGCAGGCCCUGAAGCGAUACGUGCCGGUCUAGGGUCGAUUCCCAGAACGAUAGGUUGAGAUUUAGGUUAUAUCCCAUAUGUAAAAUUUGCCCGACGAGCCACUUAGUCGUGUGAUACUCAUUGCUGUCAAGGAAUAGUGAACUUUUUUCUCAUUCAGUGAGACUCCCCUCUAUAUAGAAUUUAGUAUGUAUGAAACAUUAGAUCAUUGGAACUUAAUUUUGGUUAGAGACUUUCAAAGACUAAUCAAGGCCGGGCGCCCUUGGUUGUUGCUUGUCAACAUUCUAAAGUUCAGCUUCUAACUUGUUUCUUUUUUCUGUCGCCUCCUUCGUGCUGGACAAAUAGUCUUUGGUGCAUGAUGUGUUCUAUCUUGGGUCUUAGCUAGGCAGCAUCUAGACUGACCUAGGUAGUUUUUUUUCUUGCUGAGUGCUUGUGAAAAGAAGAGAACUUUGUCGGAAGAGAUGAGGACCAAGUAAUGAGUGCAACAAAAUUGGAGAAGGAACUGAAAGGUUGUGUUUUUACAUAUGUUGAUAAGUAUUUAUGGUUCAUUUGAGGAGACUUGGAUCUUGUGCGUGAUUUAGAACUGGCUCUCUAUAUUCUCGUUGGAUAAGAGUCUACGAUUUAAAACAUGUUUGAGCCUCAUCUUGGAGUGACCUCUAUUUCAGCAAUGGAAUUUACCUACAUAUUAAUGUUUUAAGGAGAUAAUGACUUCACUGUGUGCAUAACUUCAAUUUUCAAUAUUUUUUUCUAUUUAUUCCGAGGAUAGGUCAAGAUUUAAUUUAUACAUACUAAAGUUUGUGAGCAUAAGCUUCUUUACUGUACAUUUGUUAGUUUUAUUUAUAUGGCAAGACAAAACUGUUUUACUGGAUAACUUCCAGCUCACAGUAGUAACUGUCAUGACAAUAGAGAUGUAGAUGAAUGUUCAGUUGUUUAGAUGAUGUGAUGCACCUGUUAUACAUACAAUAUGCUAAGACUAGCAACCGUUUGGUCCGAUAAACAAAAGGAGGUGAUUUUGUCCCCAGUAAAACUUUGAUGUAGGUGGCAUCAGUUUGGAUUUGAAUGAACCAUUAGAGUUUGAUUUCUUAUGCUACAGCCAGUACAUGUCUAUCACUAGUUUAUAGUUCUGCAUGUCUAUCAAUAGUUUAUAGUUCUGCCUUGUUGAGAAUUUGCUGGAUGUUCUACCUGAAAUUUAGUUCUUUCAAAAUCUACUCAGUGUUCUAUCAUGAAAUGGAAACUUCCCCAGGUAGAAGGUAAGGCUUGGGUCAGUAUGCGAUAGGUGACAGUAGUGAACAGUAUGGACUCCCUGUAUGGAGGUUUAAAGAUCAAUUUACAGUUUUGACUUAUAAAUCCACAUUAUAGUGUUGCUUGAAUAUGAUUGGCAUAAGUACUCGAAUGGCGAAAUUUUAUAUUUUGUUGGUCUGAAAAGAAAUGUAUGAAUUAAAUCUUGACCUGUCAUCGGAAUAAAUGGAAAAAACAUUGAAAAUUGAAGUUAUGCACCGAGUGAGAUCAUUAUUUCCUUAAAAUAUUAAUAUGUAGGUAAAAUUUCAUAGCUGAAAUAGAGGUCUGCUCAUAAUCAAGAAGAUUAGGCUGAACAUGAUUUAAUUCCUAGACUCCUAUCCAACGAGAGUCAAUAUGUUUUAAGUCCUAGACUCCUAUCCAACGAGAAUAUAGAGAGCAUAUGGAUAGCUAGUCUAUCCAACGAGAAUAUAGAGAGCAAAUGGACAGCUAGUUCUAGAUCCUGUACAAGAUCCAAGUCUCCUCAAAUCGACACUAAAUACUAGUCAACUUAUGUAAAAACACAAUCUUUCAAUUCCUACUCCAAUUUUGUUGCGCUCAUCACUCAAUCGAUCUGUUUCGACAAAGUUCUCUUCUUUUGUCAAGCAUUUAGCAGGAAAAGUAACUACUUAGGUCAGUCUUUUGUAUUUUAGAGACUUGCAAGUGGCAAAGAAACAAGUUUGAGCAUUCUAAGCUGGAUCACAGUUUAGAAUGUUGAUAAGCUACAAUUACGAACAACUAGACUUGAUUAGUCUUUGAAAGUCACUAACUAGACCUAUUGAAUAUUUCAUACAUACUACAUUCUAUAAAGAGGGAGUCUCAUAAGGAAAAA